AGCAACCUUGUAGCUGCAAUACCUGGUACACCUUGAUAUUGUCCAAAACUGGGUUGACAGCUUUGUUACUUUCAGAAAACACAAAAAUACAAAAUAUUAUAAUAUCAAGAUGACCGAUAGAAGAAGAGUCAACGGCCCUGGAGGCACUACACUACCACCUGUCUACGAUGACGACCAAUUUACACCACCCACUCGCAAGAGAACAGCAAACGGCGUUCGCGCAUUCUAUUUGAAAACAGGUGUCACCCCAUCAGCAUCCGGGUCUGCAUACCUUGAAUUUGAGCCCAAAGAAGGCGCAACAGCAUCAGGCAUGAAGCUUACCUGCACAGUCCAUGGACCACGCUCUCUGCCUCGCUCAGCCCCGUUUUCACCUCAUAUGGUCCUUUCUACACAUGUUAAAUAUGCACCGUUUGCUACCCGUCAGCGACGUGGCUACCUGCGAGACUCUACUGAACGCGAUUUAAGCACACACCUGGAGACUGCGCUUCGCGGAGCUCUGAUUGCUGAUAGAUGGCCUAAAAGUGGUGUUGACGUCGUCGUCACCAUAAUUGAAGGCGAACUGACUCGCCAAGCAGCCCAGGAUCAGGGCAUUGAAGACUGGGAGAUGAUGAAUGUCCUCAGCGGCUGCAUCACUGUUGCUUCGGCAGCCAUUGCUGAUGCUGGAAUUGACUGUGUGGAUAUUGUCGCCGGUGGAGUUUCUGCGCUUGUUACAGACGAAGCGAAUGGAGAUCAAAGGAUGGUCCUUGAUCCCGUUCCUUCAGAACAUGAUACAAUCCUUGCGGCCUGUUGUGUUGCCUACCUUCCUGCUCGGGACGAGAUCACCAACAUAUGGUGUAAAGGUCUUCUACCAGCAGGCGAUGGCAAUUCGCAGAGAGAAUUGGUCGCUAGGGCUGUCCAUGCGAGCAAAGGAACUUGUCAGGCUAUAACAGCUUCUCUCGCAGAGGCUCUAAAUGCCUAACCUGGUUGUCGCGUGAUGUGUCACGACGGAACAUGUUAUGCUGACUGCGUAUCAUAGCAUGCAGCCUUUCUUUUUUAUUUGGCAACACUUCUGCUGCAAUUUCAGUGUACAGUCGGUGUCUAGUAUUAUUGGAUUAUUUGUUCAGUAUCUUCGGUGGCGGCGUUGGGUAACGAGGCCCUCCAGAGCAAGGCAUUUUAGGCGUUAACAAAAUCGUAUUUUCAUUUCUUUUAUCGUUUAGAUUUAAAUAACCGGCAUAGAACCAUCCCAAUCUAUUUCAUUUACCAUGAUUUUUUUUAUACAUACAGAAAUUAUUAAACACAAGUAAUAGCACUGCAACCAUACCAAUUAUACUUUUAUCAGCCG